AUGAGUAACGUCGGCUCAAUAAAUAGGGAUCCAGAUGAACCGAUUAAAGAGAAACAAAAGUUCAAAGAAACCGUUGAGAAUCAAAACAUAAGCAAAAAUUCCAGUUGGCUCUUGGACUUUUCGGGUUAUCCGCCGAAAUUUAUCACUUCCUCUCGAAUAUCAGUCCAACAAUUAUUGGAAUCAUGGCCAAAUCCUGCUAAAAAAUCCCAAGCAGACACGAUAAACAGCGCGUCCACAAUAUGCUACCUUUACAAUCCGCAAAAAAAUAACGAAUUACACGUGAUACGUGAUUUUCUGCCAGAUCUUGUCGCGUCUUUGCACAAACGUCACGCUUUAGGUUCUGCAAGCUUUAAAGCCACCCCUGAAAAGCCGGGUGAUUACAUUUGCGUCGAUCCAACAGAAAGAAAUCGAAGAUAUGUAGUGGAUUGA